UACAAACAUAAAGGAAGAAGAAGAGACAGAUGCGAGCGGUGAUGAGCAGUAUAAGGAGGACAUUUCUAAAGGCGUCUGGCUGGAAGGAUGAGCCUAGAGCAGCAGCCCCUGAUCACGUGACUCCUCCUCCUCCUCCAUGUGACUGAUCACCUGACUGUGACAUCAUCGCAGGUCCUGUUAGUACACUUCCUGUACAUCUCUGCCGGUGAAGGAAAAACACAGAGGGAGCCAGCACUGGAUGACCACUGGGGAUGUGCCCGUAAUCCACCCGAACGCCAAGGACGGGUACACUUCACACUCUCUCCAAAGGAAACAGCAACAAUCGCCAGGGUGAAGACAUGAACAAUAUUAACGCUCUAGAGACAUAUGUGAGUGAUGAUGAGCAGUAUAAGGAGGAUAUUCCUACAUGCAAAGAUCUGAUCUCUAAUAAUGCUACAGGGAUAAAAGAAGAAGAGGAGACAGAUGUGAGCGAUGAUGAGCAGUAUAAGGAGGACAUUCCUACAGGGAAAGAUCUGAUCUAUAUUAAUGCUACAGACAUAAAGGAAGAAGAAGAGACAGAUGUGAGCAGUGAUGAGCAGUAUAAGAAGGACAUUCCUACAGGGAAAGAUCUGAUCGAUAUUAAAGCUACAGACACAAAGAAAGAAGAAGAGACAGAUGUGACCGGUGAUGAGCAGCAUAAGGAGGACAUUCCUACAGGGAAAGAUCUGAUCGAUAUUAAUGCUACAGACACAAAGAAAGAAGAGACAGAUGUGACCGGUGAUGAGCAGUAUAAGGAGGACAUUCCUACAGGGAAAAAUCUGAUCAAUAUUAAUGCUACAGACAUAAAGGAAGAAGAAGAGACAGAUGUGAGUGGUGAUGAGCAGUAUAAGGAGAAUAUUCCUACAGGGAAAGAUCUAAACUAUACUAAUACUACAGACACAAAGGAAGAAGAAGAGGAAACAGAUUUGAGCGGUGAUGAGCAGUAUAAGGAGGACAAUCCUACAGGUAACCGCCCAGAUUCUUGUACCAGGAGAUCAGAGGUGAAUCUUAUAUCUUCAGAUUAUAAAGCAGAUGAUGAUAUCACACAAGAUACAUAUGAAGAACAUUCCAUUAUCCCAGAUACACCCUCAGCCCUUCACAGCCAAGAUCUCUCAUCUCAUCCUGUUAUACAAGUCCAACCUAAAGAUUCAUCUCAGUCUGUUAAACAAAAUAAGGAAAAGCGAUUUUCAUGUCCAGAAUGUGGGAAAUGUUUUCCUUAUAAAUCAUAUCUUGUUACACAUCAAAUUACACACACAGGGGAAAAGCCAUUUUCAUGUUCAGAAUGUGAAAAAUGUUUUUAUUUAAAGUCAAGACUUAUUACACAUCAAAAAAUUCACAUAGGAGAAAAGCCAUUUUUGUGUUCAGAAUGUGGAAAAUGUUUUACUCAGAAAUCAGUUCUUGUUAAACAUCAACAAAGUCACACAGGAGAGAAGCCAUAUUUAUGUUUAGAAUGUGGAAAAUGUUUUAUUCAGAAAUCACAACUUGUUAAACAUCAAAGAACACACACAGGAGAGAAGCCAUUUUCAUGUUCAGAAUGUGGGAAAUGUUUUACUGUGAAAUACGCUCUUGUUAGACAUCAAAAUACUCACAUUGGAGAGAAGCCAUUUUCAUGUGAAGAAUGUAACAAAUAUUUUACUCAUAAGUUAUCUCUUGUUAGACAUCAAAAAACUCACAUUGGAGAGAAGCCAUUUUCAUGUUCUGAAUGUGGGAAAUGUUUUACCGAGAAAUCAUCUCUUGCUCAUCAUCAGAGAACUCACACAGGAAAGAAGCUAUUUUCAUGUUCAAAAUGUAGGAAAUGUUUUACUGUGAAAUAUUCUCUUGUUAGACAUCAAAAAACUCACAUUGGAGAGAAGCCAUUUUCAUGUGCAGAAUGUGGAAAAUAUUUUACUCAGAAGUUAUCUCUUGUUAGACAUCAAAAAACUCACAUUGGAGAGAAGCCAUUUUCAUGUGCAGAAUGUGGAAAAUGUUUUACUCAUAAGUUUUCUCUUGUUAGACAUCAAAAAACUCACAUUGGAGAGAAGCCAUUUUCAUGUGCAGAAUGUGGAAAAUAUUUUACUCAUAAGUUUUCUCUUGUUAUUCAUCAAAAAAAUCACAGAGGAGAGAAGCCAUUUUCAUGUUCAGAAUGUGGGAAAUGUUUUCCAUUUAAAACGCAUCUUGUCACACAUCAAAGAACUCACACAGGAGAGAAGCCAUUUUCAUGCCCAGAAUGUUGUAAACAUUUUUCUCAGCAAUCAAUACUUAUCAGACAUCUAAAAAUUCACACAGGAGAAAAGCCUUAUUCUUGUUCAGAAUGUGAAAAACAUUUCACUCAAAAAAGCCAUCUUGUUAAACAUCAAAUAACUCACAUAGGAGAGAAGCCAUUUUCAUGUUCAGAAUGUGGGAAAAGUUUUACAUUUAAAACACAUCUUGUCACACAUCAAAGAACUCACACAGGAGAGAAGCUGUUUUCAUGCCCAGAAUGUUGUAAACAUUUUUCUCAGCAAUCAAUACUUAACAGACAUCUAAAAAUUCACACAGGAGAGAAGCCUUAUUCUUGUUCAGAAUGUGAAAAACAUUUCACUCAAAAAACCCAUCUUGUUAAACAUCAAAUUACGCACACAGGAGACAAGCCAUUUUCAUGUUCAAAAUGUGGGAAAAGUUUUACUGAGAAAUCAUAUCUUAUCAGACAUCUAAGAAUUCACACAGGAGAGAAGAAAAUUCAGAGCAAUAAAUGAUGCAGAUAAGACAUCUAUAUAUUAACCAUGUACAUAGGAUAUCUGACAUUUAUACAUAUAUCAUAUACUGCAUCUCCAAACUUGUUCCCAAUUGUUAAUAAAAGUUUUCUUUUAGAACGUAGUCACCG